AUGGAGCCCAUCAAGGUCCAAUCAGAAGGUGGACUGAAUGUGACCCUCACCAUCAGGCUGCUGAUGCACGGCAAGGAGGUUGGAAGCAUCAUAGGAAAGAAAGGAGAAACGGUGAAGAAAAUGCGCGAAGAUAGUGGUGCCCGUAUUAACAUUUCAGAGGGGAACUGCCCUGAACGAAUAGUCACCAUCACCGGGCCAACAGAUGCUAUUUUCAAGGCCUUUGCCAUGAUAGCCUACAAAUUCGAGGAGGAUAUAAUCAACUCCAUGAGCAACAGUCCAGCAACCAGUAAACCUCCUGUAACCCUGAGGCUCGUCGUCCCGGCCAGCCAGUGCGGCUCCCUCAUUGGCAAAGGGGGCUCCAAAAUCAAAGAAAUGAGAGAGUCCACAGGAGCUCAGGUCCAGGUCGCAGGUGACAUGCUUCCCAACUCCACUGAGAGAGCAGUGACGAUCUCAGGGGCGCCAGAGGCCAUCAUCCAGUGUGUCAAACAGAUAUGUGUGGUGAUGCUUGAGUCCCCACCGAAAGGUGCCACAAUCCCCUACCGCCCCAAGCCUGCCUCCACCCCUGUCAUUUUUUCAGGUGGCCAGGUAAGAGCAGACCCACUGGGGGCGUCCACAGCCAACCUCAGCCUCUUACUGCAGCACCAGCCACUGCCUGCUUAUACCAUUCAAGGACAGUACGCCAUCCCACAUCCAGAUUUGAGCAAGCUCCACCAGUUGGCUAUGCAGCAAACCCCCUUUACCCCCCUCGGACAGACCACCCCUGCCUUCCCCGGUCUGGAUGCCAGUAACCAGGCCAGUACUCAUGAACUCACCAUUCCCAAUGAUCUAAUAGGCUGCAUAAUCGGACGCCAGGGAACCAAAAUCAACGAGAUCCGUCAGAUGUCUGGGGCGCAGAUCAAAAUUGCUAACGCUAUGGAAGGGUCAUCGGAGCGCCAGAUCACCAUCACAGGGACCCCCGCCAACAUCAGCCUGGCCCAGUACCUCAUUAAUGCAAGGUUCAGAGACGUGGCGGCCAUGUGGAACGACCCAUCUUCCAUGACCACAUCCUGA